CUGGUAGCGGAGGUGAGAAGGUCUGACAGGUGAGCUUACACCAUGCUGCCCUGCUACAACUUUAACUUCACACGCAGAAAAUCCCAGUCGGACAGAUAGCUCCCAGUCUCUCUCCUGCCUCGCUGUGCUGGACUUUACUCGGAUAUUUCGGACGUUUCCUGAAGCUUUUCUUCAUUUUUUAAACCCUUCUUCUUCUUCUUCUUCUUCUUGCACGGACAGUUAAAGAUUCUGCAAGCAAACAUGUUGCAAAGCUUCUCUCAGUCGCAGGACUGGCUUUACUCGGAGCCGCUGCUGUUUGACGACGAGUUCUGUCAGAGUCUGAUGAAGGACCUCCAGGCGCUGCCGACGCCGCCCCAGUCGCCGCCGAUGAAGAGCGGGCUGGGCGGCAGCAAGCCGCUCUCCAAGGAGGACCAGCUGAGCUACGUGUCCGACAUCCUGCUGGAGGACCACGACAUGCAGCUCAACUGGAACUGCGACUUCUUCCACUCGGACGGCGCCGGCGAGAAGGACGGCGAGCCCAGCCAGCCGUGCUCGCCGCUGGAGGAGGGCGGCGAGGACUGGCCGUGGCAGUGCCUGGCCGGGGACAAGAGCCUGGAGGAGAAGCUGGUGUCCUCGGUGCUGGGCUCCAGCCCGCUGCUCUCCGACAUCAACACCAGCAUCUUCGAGGAGAUCGCCGGCUCCACGCUGGACUGCCAGAACCUGAUGGACACUCAGAAGCCCAGCGAGGCCACAUCAGACUACGGAUCCACCGGCGGGGAGCUCUCCACCUACUCCUCCAGCGACUCUGAGGAGGAGAUCGACGUGGUCACCGUGGUGCGCUGCUCCUCUAGCCCCUCCCCCACGCCCUCAUUGGCCGACCGCCAGCAGAAGCAGGAAGAGGAGCAGCGAGUCCUGCAGCGCCACCACUUUGAGAUCCAGCUGCAGCACAACUACGCGGCGCCGUGUCCCGCCUCGCCGCCGCCUUCGUCCUCUUCGUCCAACAAGCGCUCGCGAGGGAGCGACGGCUCCUCGCGCUACCACCACUCCUCGUCCCGCAGCUCCUCUUCCUCCUCCUCGUCGUCGUCCUCGUCGCGCUACCACCACCACCACCACAGUCACCACCACAGCAGCAGCAGCCACUCGUCCAGGAACUCCACGGAGACGGAGGACGAGGAGGAGCGGCGGCGGACGCACAACGUGAUGGAGCGGCAGCGGCGCAACGAGCUGAAGAACUGCUUCGUGCACCUGCGAGACAACGUGCCGGAGCUGUCGCACAACGACAAGGCGUCCAAGGUGGUGAUCCUGAAGAAGGCGAGGGAUUGCAUCAACCGCCUGGAGCAGGAGAGCCACAAGCUGCAGUCAAAGAGGGACAAACUGAGGAGCAAGCAGGAGGAGCUGAAGGCCCGGCUGGAGCAGCUCCGCAGCUAAUGUCCAGCAGCCAAUGAGAGAAGAGACUCUGUACAAAGACUAAGAGGGGGGGGCGGGGCUAAAGGACGGUGUGUCAUGCUGAAAAAGAGCGCACAAAGUUUUGACAUUUCAAGGACUAUCUGGUAGCAACAGAACCGGACAAACAAACUCAACAUUGCCUCAGAAGUUUCCAUUCUCAUGCCUUGACUGCUGACUGUUGUAGAGAGUAGGAUGAUGUUUUUAAAAGGUGAAACGAGGACGGAGCGAGCAGAUUUAUUAUUAUUAUUAUUAUUUUUCUUAUUAAACUUGGCUGAAUGCACACUGAAAAACAAGGACACCAUCUUUUUUGUUUAAUCGUUUGCUUUUAUUUCGUCCCAUUUCGGGGGAAUCUUGAUGCAGAAGAAGGCAGUUUGUUGCCCAAAUAAGUGGAAUAAAGCCUCGUCAGCUGAGUAGUUGAAUGAAACUUGAAUGAAUAUUGUGUUUUCAGGAUGUCUUAUAGCCAUACUAACCAGUGAUCCCUCCACUCUGACAGGUAUUGAUGCUGGCUUCCAACUUAUUUGGUCAACUGCGACUUCUUCGCCGGUUAAAUUCCAGAUUUUUGACCAUAAAACAUGUUGUUCAGUGUGCUUUCAGGCCUGUUUGGCCUCAGGCGGCCCCUUGGGGCCCAACACCACUCUGUUAUCAGGUUAAUGUGUCAAUGACAGUACUGUAUAACUGUAUAGAGCAGGUUUGAUUCUGUACACAGAACAAGGCUCGGCUCCGGUCCAGUCCCCCUCCGGCCCGGUCUCUUCACAGUAUGUGUGUGAGUUUUCUCGAGUUGAAAUAAGUGGAAAAUUACUUUGUGUAUUAUUAAGUAUUUGUCGUAAACUCAAAGGUAGCCAUAUUACACAGCAUUCAGGUUCUGAGGAGACCGGACCGGGAAGAGAACUGGACUCUGAGCCGCGCUGCCGUAGCAAAUCAGCCAAAGUCGCGACGGAAAACCUUUUAUUUUCUGCAGAACAUUUAAUACUUGCAUGUCCGGAUAACGGCGAGAAGGACCGAUGGCGUCCUGCCGAACGUAAUAUUAAUAUUUAAUAAAAGGUUCUAGUUGGGGGAAGCUGCAGCAGCAGCAAUACUGUGAUAUUUAGUUCCAUUGCUCAUAGAGCGGCAACUUUAAGUGUAAAUUUAGAAACAAACGGUCACCAUUUUUACCAUUUUUACCAUUUUUUUUAAUCCAGGAGAACCCUGAGAUUGUUUAAAUGUCGUUGUGAUUCAUUCGUCAGUGGCCAUCAGUCAAACUUUUUUAGAAACUGCUGAUUAUUCAGUGACAUUUUUUAAAUUUUUUUACGCUCGACAUUUAAAAUGAUUGGCGCUGUCGAGCUUCGUCACGUUACCAUGACGACCUUCAAUAUUCAGAUGUGAGAAAAAAGGUCUGAAGCUGACUCACGAUGAGAAAUAUUUCCAAAUAAGCUUGAUCCAUGUAUGUUUUACAUGAAUGACGACCACUGACCAACAUUCCCAACAUGUUUUUAGACGCCCGGCGGCCUCGCCCACUUAUUUUUUUAUUAUAUGGGCACAAAAGAGUCGCAGAGAAACCAAGUAAUAUUUAAAGAACUAAUUUGUGUACGUGUUCACCAGGAGCCUGUCGUAUCCGUUUACUAUGAGGUGUCUUGUUGUCGAACUCGUACUUUGGGGCUGGAUUUGAAAUAUUUGAAAUAUUAAUAAUGGGGUUGAAUGUUUAACUGAAUGCCAUUUUAUCCUAAAUAUCAAUUAUUGCCAAUGUUAUCCAUUUAAUGUGCUGUUUGUCAUGAAAUGUGCAAAUGGCACAGAUUUGCUUUUAUGUGUCAAAUGUCUUAAAAUGCAUCCUGUUCUUUAAUAAUAGAGUUCUUCCUCGUUCAGACGGAGUGUACUUGAACGCACCCUGGUUGGUAGGAAUGAUGACGAUAGAGGUGUUUCGGUGUUUUGCGGUAAAAAAAAAAAAACCUGUUCUGCCUUGAAAUGCGUUCUGUUCAGGACUUCUUGUUU